CUCAUCCUGGGCCUCAUGACCUGGGCCUACGCCGCGGGGGUGCCGCUGGCCUCCGACCGCCACGGGCUGCUGGCCUUCGGCCUCUACGGCGCCUUCCUGGCGGCGCACCUGCUGGCGCAGAGCCUCUUCGCCUACCUGGAGCACCGGCGCGUGGCGGCGGCGGCGCGGCGGGCGGCGGCGCGGGGCCCCCCGGACGCGGCCGCGGCGCGCAGCGUGGCGCUGACCAUCUCGGCGUUCCAGGAGGACCCGGCCUACCUGCGCCAGUGCCUGGCGUCGGCGCGCGCCCUGCAGUACCCGCGCGCGCGCCUGCGCGUGCUCAUGGUGGUGGACGGCAACCGCGCCGAGGACCUGUACAUGCUCGACAUGUUCCGCGAGGUCUUCGCCGACGAGGACCCCGCCACCUACGUGUGGGACGGCAACUACCACCGGCCCUGGGAGCCCGCGGCGGGCGCGGCGGGCGCGGGCGCCUACCGCGAGGUGGAGGCGGAGGACCCCGGGCGCCUGGCGGUCGAGGCGCUGGUGCGGACGCGCCGCUGCGUGUGCGUGGCGCAGCGCUGGGGCGGCAAGCGCGAGGUCAUGUACACCGCCUUCAAGGCGCUCGGCGACGCGGUGGACUACGUGCAGGUCUGCGACUCUGACACAAGACUGGACCCCAGGGCACUGCUGGAAUUGGUGCAGGUGCUGGAUGAGGACCCCCGGGUCGGGGCUGUUGGCGGGGACGUGAGGAUCCUAAACCCUCUGGACUCCUGGGUCAGUUUCCUGAGUAGCCUACGCUACUGGGUGGCCUUCAACGUGGAGCGCGCUUGCCAGAGCUACUUCCACUGUGUGUCCUGCAUCAGUGGCCCCCUAGGACUGUACAGGAACAACCUCCUGCAGCAGUUUCUUGAGGCCUGGUACAACCAGAAGUUCCUGGGCACCCACUGCACCUUCGGGGAUGACCGGCACCUCACCAACCGCAUGCUCAGCAUGGGCUAUGCCACCAAGUACACCCCGCGGUCCCGCUGCUACUCGGAGACGCCCUCGUCCUUCCUGCGCUGGCUGAGUCAGCAGACGCGCUGGUCCAAGUCCUACUUCCGCGAGUGGCUGUACAAUGCGCUCUGGUGGCACCGGCACCACGCCUGGAUGACCUAUGAGGCGGUGGUGUCGGGGCUCUUCCCCUUCUUCGUGGCGGCCACCGUGCUGCGGCUCUUCUACGCCGGCCGCCCGUGGGCGCUGCUGUGGGUGCUGCUGUGCGUGCAGGGCGUGGCGCUGGCCAAGGCGGCCUUCGCGGCCUGGCUGCGGGGCUGCCUGCGCAUGGUGCUGCUCUCGCUCUACGCGCCCCUCUACAUGUGUGGCCUCCUGCCCGCCAAGUUCCUGGCGCUGGUCACCAUGAACCAGAGCGGCUGGGGCAAGUCCGGCCGCCGCCAGCUGGCCGCCAACUACAUCCCCCUGCUGCCCUUGGCCCUCUGGGCUUUGCUGCUGCUCGGCGGCCUGGUGCGCAGCGUGGUGCAGGAGGCCCGCGCCGACUGGAGCGGCCCCGCCCGGGCCGCAGAGGCCUACCACCUGGCCAUGGGGGCCGGCGCCUACGUGGGGUACUGGGCCAUCAUGCUGACCCUCUACUGGGUGGGCGUGCGGAGGCUCUGCCGGCGGCGGUCAGGGGGCUACCGCGUCCAGGUGUGAGAUCGGCCUGCGGGGGUCCAGCUCAGGGAUCUGCAGGGGAGACCAGAAGCAACGUGCCAAAGGUCUCAGGAGCCAUGAACGUGCUGCGUGAUCUUCUGGGUCUCAGUUUCCCUCCUCUCGGAAGUGAGGGGAUGGCCCGGAGAGCCUUCAGCCAGGACUAUUUGGGGGCUGGGACCUCUGUGUCCCUGGGGGAGGGGUAUUUAUUGAUCAGGGUGUGGAAU